UCGUGCUUCAUCACAUGUGCACGACAGACCGAAUGGCGAGUUUGAAAUAUUUCCAAAAACUGAACUAACCAGACUUGUUUUACAUCAGUUAGGCGUGGCCCUCGGCUUUUUUCUGCCCCCUAUUUUGGUAAAGGACCACACAAAUAUCGACGAUAUUGGAGCCGAUUUGAAACUCAUGUUCUACAUUGUGGCGGGCGUCUGCACGGCCUUAUUCCUUGUAGUAGUGAUCGGCUUUCAAACUAAACCGCCUCUUCCUUCGAAUGCGGCACGCAUUGCACCUCAAUCGUCACAGCCGGUGACCUACUACCAGUCAGUCAAAACGAUUGUCACUAACAAGAAUUACAUUUUGCUUUUGAUUACGUACGGAAUCAAUGCGGGUGUUUUAUACGCUAUGUCAACCCUGCUCAACCAAACUGUGCUUCGACAUUUUCCGGGUGAAGAAGAAAAUGCGGGUCAAAUUGGCUUGACGAUCGUCGUUUGCGGCAUGUUCGGCUCGGUAGUGUGUGGUAUUAUUCUUGACAAAACGCACAAAUUCAGGGAAACAACUCUUGUGGUGUAUGGAUUAGCAGUGGCCGGAAUGGUCGCCUACACCUUUACGUUCGAACUUCAAUAUAUCGUCAUUACGUUCGUCACGGCCGGAGCUGUAGGGUUCUUUAUGACUGGAUAUCUGCCAUUUACCUGGACGGAAACGAGUAGCCAACAAUGAACAUUUGGGUGUUGUUGCUAUCCCUUUUUCGGCUUCUCGCUCAAGUUCGCGGUUCAUUUGUCUGCCCGUCUCAUAGGCUGUGAGAUGGUAUUUUUCACUUCAACUUUGACUCCCAAUACGUUUCUAUUUCCUCCUUAAAGUACUUUUUAUUUUUUAUUUUUUCAAAGGUAAAGAGUUCUUAUGCGAUAGAACCAGAAAAAAAAAUACAGACGGCAGCCCUAAUAGUACAAGAGGCCCUUGAGGGCUUUCCGCUGACGGAACUUCUUCCAUUCCAAAAUCCUUGGAUGACUGGAUGCGUUGAAAAGUAGCCACCGGAGUAGUGCGUGUGUUGUUUUAGGUCCUCUAAAUCAACCGGUGAGUAUGCACCUGACACCAAAACCUGCAACUCUCGGUAGCUAAAAGUUUGCAACCACUCGAUAUCGAUGACAUUCGCCAAUCCCUGCGACGCAAUAGAACAGUGAAUGACUGGCAAAUGAAACAGUGAAAAAUCACACAUUAUACCUGGCGGAAUGCGUUGCAUUGCAAACGGAUUUGCUUGUUUAAUUUGUAGUCCGCAACCAAAUGAAUGUAUUCGAUACGAUUUGAAGGUGUGACGGGAAUGUUGGAUCCGUUCUGUUUCAGUUCUUCCACCUAAAUAGAGAAAGUCGUUGUUUGAAAAGAAACCCGUGGAAAGAUAUUGUCUAAUCAAUUUGCAGAUUUCUGCAUUGAAAAUGGAACUUCAAAGGCGCCCGUAAGACGACCAGCUUUUAAAUUGAAUGCUUUGGCAAGAAGCAGAGCAAACUUCUGGUGAUUUUUAAAAAUUAUUUUACUUUAACAAGAAUUAUUUUUUUUUUCUUGUAUCUUAUGUACUGAUUUUUGGUUGAUUUGGGUGAAGGCAAAUAUCCCUCCUGACGUCUUUGAUAAGCCAUAACGGGAGAUUAAGCACUUUGAUAAUUUGUGCUGAAAAUUCUCUUGGUAAUUUGCUUCUAGGAGGAUGAGAAGAAGGAGAAACAUCGCUCCAUAAGCAUCUACAGGAAAAAGUG